UCAAACUCGCGUGCUUCCUUCUCUGAUCAGCUGACUCCAGCAUGCGGAAGAGGGCAAUUACAAUCGUUACUUAGUGAGAAAAGCGAGGUAAAAAGUUGACAACAGUGCAGCAAAUACGAGUGAGUGAUACCGUUGAGAGGGAAAGUUCCAGACUGUGCUCUGUGCGGCUGUGACAGCGUGUGCGAGGCUCUCUGUGACCUGUCGGCGGUGGGAAUGGCGCACAGCGAGGCAGCGGCUGUGGUGAAUGGGACUCAGGUGUCCUAUAUUGGCCAUGACUCUGAGGUCAUUCCGGAUUUUCUCGCAGCUGCUUAUGGAAAUAUUGCAAGGCGACUAGAUCUCAGCUUCAACCACCUGAGGUCACUGACAGGCCUGAAAGCAUUCAGCCAACUGGAAGAGCUGAUUGUGGACAACAAUCUUCUCGGAAAUGACCUCCGGUUGCCCGGGCUACCGCAGCUUCAUACCCUAACACUCAAUAAGAACCGAAUAUCUGACAUAGAAGACCUCCUCGAGCACUUGCAGGAAGUGACGCCAGCGCUGGAGUACCUGAGCCUGCUGGGAAAUGAGGCCUGCCCCAACCAGCUGGUCAGCCUGGAUAAAGACGAGGACGACUACCAAAGAUACAGGUACUUUGUGCUGCAUAAGCUGAAGAAUCUGAAGUUUCUGGACAGCAGGAGAGUGACUGCAAGAGAGCAGCUGGAGGCCGAGGCCCGUGGCUCCUUCAUGAAGGUGGUCAAACCCAAAUUCGAGCAGGAUCCCAGUGAUGUCAGAGGAGAAGUCACCUCCACGCCCUACACCCCUCUACCCAGAGGCACCAGAGAUGCCAAGAAUCAUAAAGGGGUAUUUGCCAAGUGCCGCUACGUCUACUACGGCAAACACUCAGAGGGCAAUCGCUUCAUCCGCAAUGACCAGCUCUGACAGACAGACAGACGGACGGACGGACAGGCCGGCAGACAGACGGCGGCUUUAUAAAGAUAUCCUCCUGCGUGUCUUUAUAAAUAUACAUAUCGCCACAUGCAUUUUAAGCAGCCAAACACAGCCCUCUAGUGCCUUCUGCUGAGUGUGCCAUCGCUGCCACCUCACAUCGCUCUCGCGCUGCCUGAGCACUGCCAUUCACACUGACAUGAUUGCCUUUAAGCAGCACUACCCCUCCACACUGACACAUCCGCGCACACACACACUUACAUACACUUACACACGCCCCGCACAAACACACACACACACACACACACACACGGACCACGCCAAGUGCCUGCGCUGACAGCCACUGCUUCAUGAUGGAUUGCCUGCUCCAGCCGCUGCUCUCCGAGGGUCAAGGGUCACACCUGAGGCUGCAGUGGGCCCACACGGACACCCAGGAUGAGCCGCCCUCAAAGUCAAAGCUAAAGUUAAACACACAGAGAGACACUAUUCAUUCCGGCUUUUCAUGCUCCUCACUUUGUAUUCAGAGCACAAGUGGACCAACGGCAGGACAUUUCUCACAGCUAUAUAUCUCUACACUGGAGUAACAAAACCUCGUACCUCCAAAACACAAAACAGGAAGUUCACAGGAGAAAGAAGGCGUGUUAUUAGCUUUAAUGUGUUAUAUUGAAACAAGAGUUUAGUCCAAGUCAGUUGGAGAUUUUUAUAUUUAGGUCCACUUCUCAUGAUAGCAGUGUUCUCACAGUGCAAAGGGCAGCUGGUAUUUUUUGUAAGUGUAGAAAAAGGAAGUGUUUAAAUAACUCAAAUCUUUUUUUUAUUUAAUGUUAUCUUCGAUUCUAACAUUACAGAAUGAAUUAUGCUGAAUCCCAUAGCUGUACACCACUCACCACAACGAAUUUAAUAUACUUUUAUGUGUUUCCAUACAUGUUUAAUGUGCACAUGCAUACACACAUUAUAUGGACAAAAGUAUUGGAACAAUUCUCAUUAGUUAUUUCUUCAAUACUAUUUGUUGGAGUAACUGUUUCUGCUAUCCAGGGAAAAGUGUGUACUACAUUUUGGAGAGUAUUGUGCAUUUUGAGGAUUUGACUGCUUCAGAAACAAGAGUCAGGAUAUUGGAUAAACAACAUUUCAGCUUUUAUUUCCAGGUAUUUAUAUCUGGAUCUGAUACACAGUUCAGAAGAUAGCACCUCUGUCUGAACCAACCUAUUUUUCAUGUGAGUAUUGGUGUAUUGGAACAUGACUGUCAGGUGUGUUUUAUUGCCUAGGUGUGUCCUGAUACAUUAAUUAUUCAAACAUUAAACAGCUCUCGCUUUCAGAUUUGGUUCAGAUCACAGUUUUAACUAACAUGACAAGCAGAAAGCUGUCUAUGGGUGAAAAACAAGCAACUGUGAAGCUGAGAGAAGAUCUAUUGCACAAAUAUCGUCCAUAGCCAGAACAACUGUUUGGAAUGCCCUGAAGAAGAAAGUCGUCACUGGUGUACUAAAUAACAGGUGAUGAACAGUGUGUGUCUUUGAAGUUAAAGAAAAACGAAACCAAACUGAUUGAAAGAUCCUUCAUCAUGCAGCAAGAUAAUGAUCCAAAA